AAAAUAACCUCUUAAAAACUAGAAGUUAAAAAAGAGGGAAAAUCCUUUUUUUUUUUAAAAAAAAAACCUUGAAGAAAAAUGGGUGGUUACUACUACCCAACAUGGCCUGAAUUUAACAAGAAGCCAAUCACACCACAAAUCAAGGGGUCUCAAGUCAUUGCUUUCCACUCUUCAACAAAAUGGAAGCUCCAUUUUGAUUCUUUGAAAGAUACAAACAAAUUGGUUGUUAUUGACUUCACAGCUACAUGGUGUGGUCCUUGCAAAAACAUGGAUCCAAUUAUCAAUGACUUUGCUUCCAAAUAUACAGAUGUUGAGUUUGUCAAGAUUGAUGUUGAUGAAUUAGUUGUACGACUUCUUUAACUUCACAAUCCUUUUC